ACAAAUGACGGAGAUGAGAGAUUUGCAAACGGGGUCCUUAAAAUGUGUAUUAUCAGUCUUAUAAAUAUGCUCAAGGGUAUAAAGGAAAGCAUGAACAUGAUGUGGAGAAAAAUGAAAGACAUAAUGAAAAAGACAAAUUGAACUUGUGGAGAUGAAAAAUAUAACAUCGAUGAGAAAUAACACUGGGAUUAACAGAAGCUUAGACACUAUGGAGGAAGAUGAGUGAACUUGAAAAAGACAGCAAUGGAAACUGCCCAAAAUGAAACACAAGGAGAAACAAAAACUGAAAAAGUGAACAGAACACUAGCAAGCUAUGGGACACGUCACACUGGUUACUGGUCUAACACAUGUAAUGGAGAUCGCAGGAGGCAAAAGGGGGACAGAAACAAUAUUUGAAGAAAUAAUAGCCAAACAUUUUUCCAAUUUGAUGAAAACCAUAAACCCACAGAUCCAAGAAGCUCAUCGAACCCCUGGUACAAGGAACAUGCAGAAAAUUACACAAAGCCACAUCAGAAUAAAAUUGCUGAAAACUAGUGAUAAAGAGAAAAAGUUUUAUACAAGUACUUACCAUAUGAUCCAGCAAUCCCCCUCCUGGGUAUUUACCCUAGAGAAAUUAAAACUUAUGUUCACACGAAAAACUACGCAAAUAUUUAUAACAUCUCUAUUCAUAAUAACCCCAAACUGGAAACAACCCAAGUGUUCUUUGACAGGUAAACUGAUAAACUGGUCUGUCCCCAUGGUGGAAUACUAUUCAAUGAAACAGAACAAACUCCCAGGCAACAUAGGUGGAUCUCGAAAGCAUUAUGCUAAGUGAAAGAAGCUUGUGAUUCCAUUUACACGAAGUUCUAGAGAAUGCAAAAGCAGAUCAAUGGUUUCCAGGGGCCAGGGGUCUCAGGGGGAGGGGAUUGAUUGCAAAGGGAACUUUUUUUUGAGAUGAUCAAAAUUUUUUCUAUCCUGAUUGUGGUGGUAGUUACAGGAUUGACAUAUUUUUCAAAACUCAUCAACUCUACCCUAAAAAUGAGUGAAUUUUAUCAUAUGUAAUUUAUACCUCAGUAAAGCUUAUUAUUAAAAACAAAAAAAGGAAUGUAUUUAUAUUUUUUAUCAAUUGACCCAGUAGGAUGUCCACGAUGUAUUGUUACAGGAGAAAAGUAGGUUGUACAGUAGCAUAUGUAGUAUGAUCACCAUUAAUAAAGCAACACUGGGGAAAACCCUCUACACCCCUCUGUAUGUGUACUGAUGUUUGCAAGCUCAUGGAGAGGUCUCUGGCGGAAGGAUACAUGCCAGGCUGGUAGCAUUGGUUACAUCAUGGGGAUGGGAAUUGAGGGGAGAAAGAAGAGGAAACUCAAGGUUUUCUUUAUACAUCUUUGGAUGGUUUCAUUGUUUACAGUGAGCACCUAUUAUUUUUAUAAUUUAAAAAAUAAUGAAAAUAAAGAGGAUAUUAAAAUAAUAAAUAGGGAGAUGUAUAUGUAGAAAGAACUCUGGUAGAGGGCGGGGUCCACUGUGUCAGUGCAGGGAGGUCAAAGGGAUCAAGAUGAGGUCAUUAGACUGAACAGAAAGGAGACCUCUGGUUGCUUCUGAGAACAUCUGAGUAGUGGGGCGGGGGAGGGGCCAGAAGUCAGAAUGUGAUGCGUGGGAGAAAGGAGUAGAUUGGAAAGGAAAGCUUUGAGUAUGGACCACUUGUUUAGGAAGUUUGGUCAUAAAAGGAAAUUAAGAAAUGAGACAGUUAGGAAGGGAGUCACAGCAUCAGUUGGAGGUUUUUGUGAGGAGAGGACAAGAAUGCUUGUGGCUUCUUGAAGGCCAAGAAAAGAGAACCAGUGGAGAGGAACUGAGCAAAGGUGUUGGAGAGUGGUAUAAAACCGUGGUGGAAGAGCCCUUGAGAUGGGAGGGGAGGGGUUGCACGGACAGAAAUAAAGAGGGUAUCUCAUUUCCCUAGGAUUCAGUGUGUUUCAUUCACAGCUGUAAUAGACGUAGGAAUACACCUUUCCCAAUGCCUGUCUCUGGUCUAAAUUGCCCAGCUUGCUAACAGGCAGCUGGCCCCAAGUCCUGGCCCCGAUCUGGAGCAUCAGCUGUGUGACCUAGUGCAGGUCACUUAGGCUCUCUAAGCCUUAGUUUCCUCUUUAGUAAAAUGGGUUUGAUAAUCGUACCUACCUCAUGUUGUUACUGUGAGAUAAUGCAUACAAAGAGCUUAGUUUGCUGCUCAGCUACUGGUCAGAUACUGCUCAGCAGUAUCUCUGCCAUAUUGUGAGUCUGGGCCAUGUGACCAGUGACGUCACAAUGCCCCAUUAGACUCCAACUGUUCCACUAGGGAGUUGCGGGUCCUUUGGAACCAAGGACUGGAACUGACAUGCGAGACCUCUACCAACUGAGGGUUUCAUGAGCAUACUCCUUUGCCAAGAUCUUGGUGAAUAGCCUUUCACUGUGCAAUUGUGUCUUAGAAAUUGUUUUAUUUGUUAUCAUGAUCGUGCUUGGCUGGAUGCUUUUUGUUGGACUUGCAUGUUACAUGGGCACGUUUCCGGAGUUCAUGCCUCCCACUCUGAAGUGGAAGGAGAGGUGGCCUGUUCAGGAGAGCAAGGCACGACGGAGGAGCUGGGCUGUGGAUGAAGAUCUGCAACUGAACAAUGUGGAAGGGAUUUAAGUAUCCCCCAGGAGGGACUCCAGUGGAAAUAAGCAAAGAUGAUCCUGGUGAAGUAAUGCAGCUCUGAAGCUCACUUGACCAGCUGUACUGUUCCUGUUGUUGGUUUCACAUAAAGUAAUUGCACAUUGUUUUGUCACAUUUUAUGUAAAAAGUUACUGAACUUUUUUAAGAUGGAUGAAGACUUGGUAUUCUCUUAGCUCAAAACAGGGAGAUGGAGGGUGGGGAGGUAGUCAAGGUGGGUGGGAGUGAUUGGGUCCCCUCUGUUUCAGUCUCUAAGACUGGCAUUAAGACAAAGGUACCUGGUUCAAUUUGUUCCCCGUUCUGUUUCCUGAAGGAUGGAAAUUCUCUAGAGCUCUUUAGACCUAUUUCUCCAAGUAAUGCCUUUCUUCUGAGUCCAGGGGUGAAAAAGUGUUACAGAAAGGGUUAGAGAUUGCAGCAACUUUAAGCCUGUUCUUUGGGGAUAUUUCUCUGUGGCCUCUUCUCAGCUGUGGUGAAAAACUCGAAGCUUGCACUGUGUGAAGAAAGGACCUCAUUUUAAUAUUACUUGCUAGAUACUAAAUUAUACAUUAUUUUCAUCCUUACAAUAACCUUCUGAGCUGGGUACUAGCCUCAUUUUACAAAACGGCAUGAAUGAAGUUGAGAACCUUAAGAACCGUACCACCCAACACCACUCUGGGUUGCAGAGUCAAGAUUAAGAACCAGGACUUCUUGGCACACUUUUAUGUGCCAAGGAAAAGAGCCAAACAAGAGAGACUGGGAUAUCCAAGAUCUUGGCUGCCUCUUGGCUCAAAUGUCUCUCUCACCUGAAUAGCCAUGUUGCCGGAUGAGUUUAGGAGCAACUGCUGCUAACACAGGCAGCAUGUGGAGCAACAGAAGCAAACUGCUCAGCCUCAAUGUGAGACAGUUUGAGUGUAUGAGACCAAGGACGGGAACCUAAGUAUAAGACCCAGGCAAUGAAUCUGGGUGUCUGAGCCUGAGGAUAUUCCUAAUAAGCCCUCCAAAGGUGGUUGGGAACUUUCUGACCCUAAAAGAGAGAGGAAAAACAAACAAACAAAAAAAACACAGGAGCCAAUACUUUUAAAAUAAACGUUCUCAUUCUGUGUCUGCUUGGGGGUGACUGAUAGCUGCGUUGUUCAGAAGUGCACCCUUACCAGCAAAGGAGCUCUUUUGGUUAUGUAGACAGCGUCUUGUUGAUGACUAUUUGGUAUAUGUUUGUUAAACUAUUUGUAAAUGGCUCUAUGCACUGAAUGGAUUACCCUUUUUAUUUUUUAUGGAAAGCAAAGUGAAUUCAAAAUCACAAGCAAAACUGUAAUUUCUGAAUCUAGGAUACUAGCAUCUCUUAAGAUACCUCUUAUAUGACCUAAACUCAACACAUUCCAUUAAGUGCCUACAUUCUCUGGCUGCAGGGCUGUGCCCACUUGCCUCAUAGAUAUUCCUAAGGACUCAUCUUCUCAGCCAUUCCAGGCUCUUUUUAUUAUAGGGGAUCAGAACCUGCUCAUUUUCUUGACAAGAAGAACUAUAUACCCAGUUGUUCUUCCCUCCAGUUCCCUGAGUAUACCACCAAAUAAUUCUCCUAACUUGGGGGUCUGAUAGCAGAACAGUUCUCUAAGGUGGAGAGGGUAGGUAUCAGUGAUAGGGGCUGAGCAGAUGUGAACGUGUCAGGGAUGACAGACAGAGGUGUGUGUGUAAGGAGGCAAACCCCAUCUCUGAAGUCGGAUGAGUCUACUGGGGUUUCUAGCUGGAAAGAUGUUCAGGGUGAUGAAAUAAGGAAUAUCUGGGCCGGCCCCGUGGCUUAGCGGUUAGGUGCACAGGCUCUGCUGCUGGCGGCCCG